AUGGCUCUCAACAAAAGUGCAAAAAAUACGUUUAACUCGACAACCAAUGGAUCAUUACAUAAACUACUCAAUCAUAUUAAAACCAUCGGUGGUCGAGUUAUGGGUUCAACGUAUUCAAGAACAGCUUUGCGCACCCGUAUUCAUGCACUAAUCUAUAAUCAAGGUCUACCAAGCAUUUUUCUAACUUUGAAUCCAGCUGAUAUUCACAGUCCUGUGGCACUAUAUUUUGCCGGCGCCAAGCUUGAUUUAGACAACAUUCAAAUCGAGCAACUAAUGACUACUUAUAAAAGAGCCGAAAUUAUUGCUUCACAUCCUGUGGCUACUGCCAAGUUUUUCCAUUUAUUGAUCACUAACAUAUUAGAUACUAUGAUAGUUGGUGGUGUUCUUGGACCAAUAAAAGCUUACUUUGGUACUGUUGAAAGCCAAGGACGAGGCUCUCUUCAUUUACAUCUUCUCGCUUGGCUUGAUCAUGAUAUGAAGCCAUCCGAUAUGAAAGAGAAGAUUCAAGAUGCGGAUUUUCGUGAUAAGUUAAAGGCAUAUUUAGAAGACAUCAUCAAAGAAGAUUUAGAUGAAUUCAAAGAUAAAUAUGCCUUUGAAUAUUCCAACGUGCCAAUAUCAUUCAAUACGCCGACGAGAUUAUCACGAGACGAUAUUUAUACGGCCUUACGCACUAUUGAUUUAGAAGGUUCUGCAGAAAAUAUACAUGAAACUCCUUUUCUGUCGACACCAAUAAAACAACAACCUUUUCCAUCAAUUCCUUAUGCGUCACCAUUAAUUUCCUACCUCUCUCCAUCGAUUCCUUACACUUCUCCAUCGAUUGCUUAUGCUUCUCCAUCAUUGAAUACAUCGUUACAGACACCAACACAUGAUCGAUUAGCAUCCGGUAUCAAUACCUUACAUAACAAGUCAAACUUAAUUCCAGCUUGUUUACCUACUCCAAAUCCAUCAUCGCCUAAUUUUGCAGCACGCUUUUGUGCAGAUGUGGUACAACUUGUGGAAACAGGCAACAAGCACAAGCAUAGUGACACAUGUUACAAGUAUUCUAAUCCUAAACAAGGUGACAAGAAGAGUUGUCGAUUGCGUAUGCCACGCAAAUUAGUACCAGUUUCGACGAUUGAUCCGGAUACUGGUCACAUCUCUAUGCGACGAUCAGAUCCAUGGAUCAAUAAUUUUAACGAAUAUCUUAUAGCAGCUUGUCGUUCCAACAUGGAUAUUAAAUUUAUUUGGAGUGACAGCGAUGCAAAGGCCCUUGUUUAUUAUAUUACUGAUUAUGUGACAAAGAUGAGCCUUUCAUUUCACGAUACAUUUUCUUCGAUACAAAAAAGCAUUGCAUCACUUAAGAAUUUAUGGCAUGAGACAGACAAAGAAAGUGCAAUCGAGAAGUCGCGUCAGCUUGUUCUACGCUGUUAUAAUACACUUGCUUCUCAGCAAGAACUAUCUGGUGUCCAAGUUGCUUCUCAUCUCAUGAAUUGGGGUGAUCAUUAUACAACGCACAGAUUUCAAGGUCUCUUCUUAAUUCAAACUGAGAAAGCUUUACGAACUCAAUUGAAUGAAAUGCGUGCGAAACGAAAAUUGGAACUUGAAGCGCGCGCCGAGGCUGGAAAAUCAAUAAAAGAAAAAUUUAAUCAAAAAGGUCGAUCACGUAAUGAACGUUAUCCUUUCCAAAAACAGCAUCCUCAAGCAACAACAUAUUUAAUGAUGAAAUAUAGUCAGCCUCAUGUGCCUAUUCUUUAUGGUCCUCAAAUUCCUCGACGAGAUCGCGAGGACACUCGAGAACGAUACAGUCGAGCUCUUCUCACUCUUUUUGUGCCUUGGCGCACGGUAGCUGAUCUUUGUGACAUGAAUCAGACAUGGGAAGAUGCAUUUAAAUCUGGGCAACAUCUUAUUUCUGUGCAUUCGCGGAUGGUCAUAGAAAAUAUUCAACUUCUACACGAAUGCAAAAAGGAUCGCGAUGAUCAUUUACUUCAAGUGAUUGCUGAAGCUCAAACUGAAAAUGAUACAAUUGAUCCCAUAAUAUUGCCAGUAAAUCAAGAUGUACACGGCGAAUAUGAUGCAGACGAUACCGAUGAUUUACUUGAAUUGUUAGGCAGUUUAGAUGAACGUACCACUGCUAUCGCUACUGCCUCUGCAAAGUCAACAGAGAAUAAAUAUAUUGAAGAAACUAUUGAAGCAGUCGAGAAAGUCGGACGAUUUACUGAUAUAAACGCACAUGACCAAUCUUCUUUCAACGGCAUUAUCGACCAUAUCGACCAACCACUGGCACCAUUCAUUUCUGCAACACCUGUUCUGAUUCGACUUAACACGAAAUGGCAAGAACAGCUGAAGAGUGAGAAAGAGCGAAUAAGAAGAAGUUUGAUCACAGGCAACUAUGACAAUGACUGGGAUGGUACGGUGAACUUGGAUGCUGCGAAAUGUGCCGUUGUAACUGUGGUGAAUUCAAACAACUACAAUAUGAAUAAGUUAGAAAAAUAUGGUUCAAUUCUUCCAGUAAUCUCAGUGACAACAAACUUUCCUACUCAGAAAAACAUAGUUGAUGAAUUUACAUUGAACAGAGAACAACGAGCUGCAUUUAUGAUAAUAACAAGUCAUCUUGAUGGUGACAGUCGAUGUCGCACAGGUAAUUUUCAUAAAACAAGUAUUCAUAUUUCAAAAUAUACAAUAUUUUCAGGUGACAAUAAUGGUCAGCUCAUAAUGUGCGUACCUGGGUGUGGUGGCACAGGCAAAUCACAAUUGAUUUGUGCUCUCACCAAAUACUUUCUUAUUACAAAAAGAAUGCCGAUGAUGCGGAAGCUUGCGCCGACUGGAAUUGCUGCUGCUGAAAUAGAUGGCAUGACUAUUCAUUCAUUUUUGGGUGAACGACGUAACUCUGGAAAGGCACGCACCAUUAAACCAGGUGAUUCAAAACUCGAGAAGGAAUGGGCCCUGGUUGAAUACCUCUUAAUUGAUGAAAUGAGCAUGGUUGGUUUAACUCUACUUGCGAAACUCAACCGAAUUAUAUGUGCUGCAAAACAUGCUGACCCUCAAGUGCCAUUUGGUGGUAUAAAUGUCAUCUUCUUCGGCGAUUACUUACAAUAUCGACCUGUGUAUGAUGCACCAUUGCACACCGAUUUCUCAUUAUCGCCACGAACUAAAUCAGGCAAAGCGCCAAGCGAAAAUCAAAUUCAACAACGUGUUGCACGCUCCCUAAUUCUUCAAAUAAACUGUGUCGUAAAACUUACGCAACAGAUGCGAACACAGGACCUACGGUACCUUCAGCUGCUCGAACGACUUCGUCAUGGGCAAUGUAACUACGACGACUAUGAGUUAUUGUUGACACGAGUGGCUGGACAGCCAUCGGUAGGCUCUCUAUGUGAUCCGCCGUGGAAUAAAGCUCCGAUUCUCGUAUUUCGAAAUGAAGUACGAACGCAAUUGAACCAAAAGGCAGCAAUUCAUAAAGCAGUGCAAUUAGGAUACGCACCAAUGGUUUGCGUCGCUCAAGACACAUGUAAAGGCAAACAAAUUGAAGAUCAGACACUGAUAAAAAAACUUUUAGAAUUAUCCGAUAGUAAAACGGAGCAUUUACCAGGUCUAUUGCCUCUUAUUCCUGGAAUGCCUGUUAUUUUAACGCAAAAUAUUGCAAUUGAACUGGGUCUUAUCAACGGCACGAAUGGAAUCUUUCGGCAAUUUGUCUAUCAGGUAGAUUCUGUAUCAACAAAUAUUAUUUCGGAAGCAUUUCCCAACAACACACAAUACGUUCAUCGACCAUUAUACGCAUUGGUUGAAAUUGCCAGAUCGAAGGUUAAGUGCAAUCUUGAUCAACUUCAACCAAAACUCAUUCCAAUACCAGUUAUGGAACAAACAUUUCGCAUCGAUAUUGGUGAUAUCAUUCCAAAAAAUAAGAAACCAAAAUCUAAUCGGAAAGCAAUGUUGUCAAUUAAACGGCGUGCACUGCCACUUGUGCCUGCUUAUUGUAUUACGACGCAUAAGAGUCAAGGUCAAACUUUGAACAAAGUUGUGAUUGAUUUGAAACUGCCAAAUGACACUGAUGAUAUUGCCGCAGUAUUUGUGCGUCGAAUCAUAGUACAGUUGUCAAUAUACAUUGAAUUGAUUAAGAAACACAACGAAGAUAUGCUUACUGAUGAAUUGAUGAAAAGAGGAAUUCAAUACUUAGGCGAGCUGCAAUUCGACGAUCUAUGUCAAUUGGAAAAUGAGCUUGAUGAUUUGUGGAAAAAUGGACAAUCACGCAUAUCGAAUUCGCUUUAUGAUAAAGUAGUCGAUAGUAUCAACUACGAACAGAACCAAAUGAUCAAUGAUCCUUAUGAGUUUGCAAUGAAUAAAACGGAUUCUCAGAUGGAGAAAAUAGUUAACUACUUGGCUCAGGUCGAUUCUCAAGGAAGCCCUUUUGUUGAUAACUCAGUUUGGGGUAUUCUUAAUCGAGAAUUAAUCGUACGAAAACGUUUGCCAUCACAAUUCGUGGUAAACAUUCCUUUAUAUUGGAGUGCACAAUCGAUGACUGAAACACCAGUUCGAUUCGUCAUAAUUUCACGAUCUUCUCGAGAUUUUCAAGAUCUUUCAAACUAUUUCAUUAACUCGCUUGGAAAGUCAUCCGUCGUGAUCUAUUCAAUUAUUCGGAUCGAAAAUCUUCGUCUCUGGCACAUUUAUCAAGAUCUACAAAAGACAAUACCUCAUGGUAGCACUCGUCUCAUUCAUGGUACAGCUUCAACUUAUAAUCAAAAAAAAAUUAUGUAUCAUGGAUUCUGUCAAAGCUAUUGCGACAAUGGUCUAAUCGGCGACGGAAUUUAUUUUGCUACUCAUGCUAGCUAUUCGAAUAAUGAUCCCUAUGUAAUGAAGAAAAAUGAACAUCGACGAGAACUAUUCAUAUGUCAGGUUUUGCUCGGAAAUUCGAGUCAAGGUGCACGUGGCAUGAAAUCCCCAGCAUCAGGCUGCCAUUCAGUAUACAGCAUGGAUGGAAAUACAAACGACCAAUUUUGUAUUUUUGAUCAUAAUCAAGCAUACCCUGAAUAUUUAGUACAAUAUGACUAUGAAUGA